UCCGGGAGACAGUGAUAAUGGGAUGCCUAAGUCAAAAGCGGCUCAAAGGCCCACCAAGCCGGGGAGGGGCGGCCUGGGCAGUGUUUGGGGAGGUCACCCUGGAGACGGCCUGGGAUCCCAGGGGAACUGCAAGACUAAGCAGCAGCCCGGCUUCUGCAGCUCCACUGAGGACGUUCCCAGGUCCCGGCGGUCAGGCCUGCCACCCAGCACACAGCAGUAUUUUUUCCUAGAGCGUGUUAUGAUGUCAGCCUUGGCUAAAGAGAAAAUGUUUUUUGCACUGAAGAAAAGAGGGAGUGUAUGCUCCCUAAGUAAUCAUGAGUCCCAACAGAAGGAAGGUCGUUGGCGCUCUAAACAUUCCGUCAGCACCGUGUCUCACGUGGAUGAGCCCAGCCCGCGUGAUGAAGCCUCUCGCCUCACAGUUCGCAUGGAAAACACCUACCAGCUAGGUCCCACCAGGCAUUUUCCUGUGGCGGCUGUCAAUCGCAUUUUGAAAGAUGUACUAACUGCCUACCUACAAGAAGCAGAAUAUGAUCCAGAGUUCUGCAGACAGAUGACUAAGACAGUUUCGGAGGUUAUUAAAGCCAAGGUCAAAGAAUUGAUGAUUCCCCGGUAUAAACUAAUUGUGACCGUUUACAUAGGACAACAAGAUGGUCAGGGCAUCCUUAUCGGCAGCAGAUGCCUCUGGAAUCCUAAAAGUGAUACCGUUUCAUCCUACGCACUCAGAAAUUCUACUCUCUUUGCUCUGGCAAAUGUCUAUGCGGUUUACUUUGAGUGACCGACACGAGGCUUGCAUUCCCGGUGUUUUCAAAUCGUGAAGCAGGCUGUCAGUCUCUCUCCACGAAAGUUCUACUAGCAACACCUGUGAGAAGGAAACAAGAUGAACGAUUCAAACAACUGGAAGCUUCCAUCACUCCUGCGAGGACUGGUGGAGGGGAGGGCAGCCCAAGAAAGAACCUUGUUUCUCCAAAACCGCAGUUGAGUGUGGUUCACAUAAACAUGGAUGUUGACUAUUACUUUGGGUACUAAUUCUUUUGAUUUCUCUUUUAGUUGGAGAGAUAGAAUUCUCUAGAUUGCUUUUUUGAUAAAUUUCUAGAAAUAUAUGGUGGCAUUCUGGGUAUAUAUCAUAUUGGACAGGAUAAUUUAACAUGGCACACACAAAAAAAAUGAUGAAUGUUAAUAUACUUCAGUACUGCAUAUAAAAUAAUAUGGUUUUCAUUUUACAUUUAAUAAAUUGAGCAGCAUUCAUUAACUGCAAUUACCGUUACAUGUACCUGACAGUUGA